AUGCGCCGCUACUUUGGGGCAACCGCCAAAUCGAGGGCCAAAAUUUCCAACUCUAAUCCCGUUGCUAAAAAUGUGAAUCCUGCUACUGUGCGGGAGCCUGACAACAACAACGACAAUGGUGACGACGACGACAAUAACUUCGAUUGCGGGUUUACUGGCGGUGUUCACUGCUUGUUGCCUGACCCCGACAGUGACUCAGAAUUUGAGAUCGAUUGGGACUCAGAAUCAGAUAGCGGAGAGAGUGUUGUUGAGCUGGCGGGCGAAGAGCUUGAAAGUAGUUUGGCACAGUUGAGAGACGAGGUUACCUCACUGGCAGAACCCACACCUUAUCAGAAGGUGGCUGGACCCAAGACAGGCGAGAACUGGAAGAAAGCUGAGAGAAGCCGAGGAUUAGGAUAUGAUGGACACUCCAAGCGCACGCAGGAGUGUCGACUGCAUGAUGCUUGUGCUUGA